UAGCACUUGUCACCACUUUUUAUUUAUACAUUUUUAGCAAGUUUGUGAGACAUGUAUUUUAUUUAGCACGAUAAGAACAACCUAAUAAGGUUUUAUUUAUUUUUAAAACAUAAAUUAAUCGUCACUUUUUUCCCAAAACUGUUGGUUCGAAACGAAAGUUGAUGUUACAUAUUCGUCUGCUAGCUUACGUGACCCCUCGUGGUAAUAUCUCAGGUUUGAUAACUCACGGGUAAAUGUGGUAAUACUAUCUGAAUUACGUGAUGUAUGUUCUGUGCGGAGCUGCUCGCCUCUGUCUUGUGUCUGUAAGACACAAACAUCCAGCUUUGACACCGCAGCUCAGGAGGUUUGGACACACAAAGAGGAURAAAUUGUACAGCUUCCUUCAAAGUGGAAAAACAGUCARCRWGCAGACAAUUUUUAGCGCAGCUAUGCCUGAAAACACAAGGUGUUUGUCGUGUUCAGCUGUAGAUGCAGCAUCCCGAGUGAAGAGGGUUUCUAUCGAGGGUAACAUAGCUGUUGGAAAGUCGACCUUUGCAAGACUCCUGCAAUCUGCUUGUUCAGACUGGGAAGUUGUGGCAGAACCUGUCAGCAAGUGGCAGAACUUAGAGAGCAAGACCUCAAAGGGAGCAGAUGCAGCUCCAGAGACGACAGUCAGUAACCUGCUGCAGAUGAUGUACCAGGACCCUCAGCGCUGGUCGUACACGUUUCAAACAUAUUCCUGUAUGAGCCGGCUGAGAACACAACUGCAGCCGCCUCCAGCUCACCUGCUCAGCUCUAAGGGAACACCUGUGCAGGUGUACGAGCGCUCGGUCUACAGCGACAGGUACAUCUUUGCUCUGAACAUGUUUGAGCUGGGUUGCAUCACUGCUACAGAGUGGGCAGUCUACCAGGACUGGCACUCUCUUCUGAUGGAGCAGUUUGGCCCCCGGGUGGAGCUGGAGGGCAUCAUCUACCUCAGAGCCUCGCCCCAGAAAUGUAUGGAGCGUUUGAGGCGAAGGGGAAGGCUGGAGGAGAAUGAGGUGAAACUGGACUACCUGGACAAGCUGCAUGUUCAGCAUGAGAGGUGGCUGGUGGAGAAGAGCACUGAGACACACUUUGAGAAGUUGAAAAACAUUCCCAUCUUACAACUCGACGCCACUGUUGAGUUUCAGAGUGAUCCAGAUGUGCAGGAGCAKUUAAUAACAAAGGUGAAGAACUUCUUUAAUGAGUUGUCAGAAGAUUGUUGUGAGAAACAAACCAAACCAGCUGGACAACAGCUGAGUGUUUAACUGAAAUAUCAACACGUUGAAAUAUCCUCAACGUAAACAAAACAGAAGACUUGUUUAGAUGCUCUCUUCAGGACCGCACUGUCUAAAAUGCACAGAUUGAGUUUAUAUUUAAAUGUCACUUCUAAUCAUUCUCUUACAUUCUUUUUGCUACUUAUAUUUUAAAAAUCACUGGGUAGAUUUUUUUCUCCUGUUUAACUUAUUGAACUGUUCUAGUAAUCUCAGAAAAAUCUGUGUACCGGUAAAUAGUUAUUUUUUCGACCAUAACUCAUAUAACCGACACUUGAAACCAGAUGAGUUUGGUAGUUUUAUACCUCAUACAAACUUUAAGCUAAAGAAAUGAUGUGAAGAGCUACAAACGAAGUACAUUUAUAUGUGGAYUAAUUGCAACUUGUUAAUAAAAAAUAUAUAAUUCA